CCUUAUCCGGUUUGAAAUCAGUUCAUGUAAAUUUUAAUGGUAACUGGAAAAUAUAUAAAAGGAAAGCUUCGUUUGCGCAAUUUUGUGGUUAGAUGUGCAAUAGAAAGUAGCCAAUUUUUUUUUUAAGUUCCUAUCGGACUGUCUACAAUGGCAUCAGCACGUGAUUUUGACUGGAUAGAUGGCGCGCCAAAAUCGGGUACUGUUGUGCCCAACAGAAUAUUCGUCGGUGGCCUUUCUGAAAAUACUAAGGAUGAGGAUCUGACUAAACUAUUUUCAAAAUUUGGAAACGUUAAGUCUGCGAAAAUCAUUGUCGACAAGGGUGGUAUAUCAAAAAGAUUUGGAUUUGUUACAUUUGAAACUGAAGAUGAAGCGCAGAAAAUCCUAAAUGAGGUAGAAUUCGUUAACCUGAAAGAUCUGAAAUUGAACAUAGCUCCGGCUGUGAAGAAAGAGAAGAUCUGCUCAGGUCGAAGAUCUGUGGAUUCUGUGUCUAGUACUUCGAUGGUAUGGCCUGCACAUUCUGCUUCGACUGGAUUUUCUAGGGAUUCACUUUACUAUCCUCAGACUUCUUGGCCUCUAAUGUGGCCUCAUCAGUUCUACCUACAACAACAGUGCCAUCUUCAAUCUCCCAUGCAGGCACAGUCUGGCUUUCCGCAAUAUGUUUGUUCCAUUGCACCGACUGGAUAUCCAUUUCAAGCAAUGGGGACAGUCUCUGGCACAGAUUACUCUGAAACUUCAGCUGACAACAAUGAAAACACAAAAAAUCGCACUAAGACUUCCAGUGCAGAUUAUGAUCGCCAUCAUUCAGCUCAUGCUAAGCAGAAUCAAGCUAGAACAACAAGCCCUCAACGUUUAGGUACCUCUUCUCUCGAAACUCCACCAAAUGUUUCUCAUUCCACACCAGUUCAUCACAUGCACCACCCAGUCUUGGCCAAAACCGUUAAUGGUGUCACAGUUAUGGCUUAUCCUAGCUACAUGAUGUGCAGUCCAACUUUGGUCCAUGUUGAAGAUGGUGCUACUGAUUCUGACAGCGAUGUGACAGAGCUUGGAUUUUUGCAUUCACCAUUCACUUCUGGAACUCUUACACCACCUGCAACACCCCUAGUAUCACUGUCUUGUGAAUUUAAUGCCAAUACUAGCAUUGAAUCUCUUCGCAAAAAUUAAUGUUUGUGUAAUGAGGAUGGAAAACGAAUCUUGGAAAAAAAAAUGAGUGAUGGUUAAUGUUUCCCUCUUUUUGAAUAUAUUAUAUAUAUUUAAAAUAUUUAUACCUAUCCUAUUUUUUUCCAUUCAGAGUGUAUGAUUAGUUACAUUAGCUUAUUGUUUAUGAAACAUAAUGUAAUCGUUUUAUUUAUUGUUUUUAUGUCCAUAUGCCACUGGUUGCCUUUGUAUCAAAGUAAACCUUUUUGUCGGCCCCUUUACGUAUUUAACUGUGCUUUUAGUUCGGUAAACUUCUGUCAACAAUUCAAUUGACUCAGGCUAAUUUUAUAAAACUGCUUCUUAAUUAUCAAUUAUAUAUUUCAUUUAAUUUACUUAGUAUACUGAGUUUUAUGUGUAUAUUUGUGUGCUUGUCUCCCUACCUUGUCUACAUUAUAAAUACUAACUCAGGUUUGGAAGUCUUAAAGUGUAAACGUAGACUGAUAUUUUAGUAUUUUUACCAUCUUUCCUGACAUUUUAAAGCAAAAUAAACACUGAAUUGUAUCAAUUGUAAAAAAAAAUUAAAGGCUUAAAAGCCAAUUUGUAUGUGUAUUUGCAUUUGAAAACUGAAUAAAAAUAUUCUGUUGAA